UUUAAUUAAUUUAUUUAAAGUGAUAAUUUAUUAAAAUUUAAUAAAAGUAGUGAAACAAUAAAUAAAGUUUUUUUUUUUUAAUUAAAUAUUAGUGAUGUGUUUACAAAAUAAAUUGUGCAUUAAUUCAGUGAUAAAUUAGUCGAUUUUUACGGUGCGGCUAAAUGUCAAGUUACGGGAGCAUGUCUCCUUCCGACGAAGGUUUUGACAGAUAUGAGCCUCCUUACUACUGCCAGCCGUCGCAUCAAGGUAGUCCAAUGGACGGUGGAGUGUACUGGCCGGCUGCCAACGGCGAGGCUCACGAGUUCGAUGCUCAGGACGUUUACGAUACCACCCAUUACAUAGGAAGAGGUUACGGCUAUGAAGAAAUGCAGAUGGUUGGCAACGAGCCCUACGAUACGUAUCACCAUAAUAUACAACAUAGUUUUCCGCCAAACAACACAGGUCUCGACUGUGACCUGCAAUCCCUCCCCCUCCGCUACGACCGGCCAGCGCCUCCCUCCUUCGUGAGGGUCGCCAAGCGAAGGACCACAGCCAACAAGAAGGAGCGGCGGAGGACACAGAGCAUCAACACUGCAUUCUCAGACUUGAGAGACUGCAUACCUAAUGUUCCUCCUGACACCAAGCUCUCUAAGAUGGUGCGAAAGAGAUCGCAGAGCAUCAAUAACGCGUUCUCGAGUCUGAGACAGCAUAUACCCAAUGUUCUUCCCGACACUAAGAUGACAAAGAUCAAGACCCUGCGGCUGGCCACCUCCUACAUCUCCUACCUGCUGAAGGUGCUGGAGACGGAUGGAGAGCCCGCGGGGGGGUUCCGAGCUGAUCUGCAUCAUACUCCUCCUAGGAGACGGACUGGUGAAGGGAAUCAGCAAUCAUCUUCAGCGGAGAAGAGAGGCAAGGGCCGCACCGGCUGGCCGCAACAUGUGUGGGCACUAGAACUCAAGAGCGAACAGAAUUUACAAACUUAAUACUCAUUCACUAUAGUAUGUACUAUCUGUUCCUGAAUGUUUUAUCUGCUACAACUUGGGUAAAAAGAAGCCUAUACCUAAUCAAUCAUGUAUAAUGUAACACCAAGUUAUAACAGCGAAAAUUUUAAAUGUUCCGUACUUGCUUCUUCCGCGCUAGCGGCUGAACAAUUUUGAUGAAAGUUAGCAGCAAAAUGGAUUAUACCUUUUAUAAUUUUGUACAUAAGUAGAUAUAUAUUACCUAGUGCAAUGAUAUACCUAUAAAAUAAAAAAACCUUCAUGCAUCAAAAAUUACAACUAAUGAACUAAUGAAAAGUUGUAAACAACAGAACAACUUUGGGUCCUCGACCGCGUUUGGUCAAUUUUAUUCAGCCUUUUCAAUUUAUUUAUUGUUGAGAUUUUUAUGCAGGCAGGAUUUUUAACGAUUAUAGUGAUAAUACAAAAAAAAAUACAGUUCAUACUAAGACCCAUUUAUAAUUGUGACAAGUCGUAAUUUUAUUAAAAUUAUUAAAGUAAAUAUGAUAUUAUUGUAUCUCGUAAAUAAGUUAAUUUAAUUAUAAUUAUGAAUGUACUUAAUGCAACGUAUUAUACCAAAGACUUUAGUGCCAAAUAUAUCUCUAUGUAAAUACCGUU